GGAGCAUCGGGGGAGCCUCGGGGACCCCCGGGACGCGGCCUGGACGCCUGGAGGCGAGGCCCACGGACCCCGAGUCCGAGGCUGGCGGGGGUGCGCGCCCGGCGCACAGGCCCCUCGUCGCGGGAGCCUCGGGACUGUGCACCCAGAAGCGGAGCCCGGGAGCCUGGCCCAGGGCCCGCGGGGCCUUGAGGCGCGCGGGGCAGGGCCGGUGAUGCUGGGCUGCUGAGCGGGCGGGGCGGCGGCGGCCAGAGCGAGGCGCCCAUGGAGCCCCCGCUCCCGGGGCGCGGGCCCGAGGCCGGGGGCGCGGGGGCGCAGGGGGCGCGCGGCCAGCCCGGGGUCCGGGGCGGCGUCCCCGCGGCUCCCGGAGAGGACGCGCAGACACCCUGCAGCCUCGGCGCGUCGCUGUGCUUCAGCUCCGGGGACGGCUCCCCGCCGCAGUGUCGCGCCGCCGCCGCGGGGGGCGCAGCGUCCUCCCCGCCCUCGCGUCGUAGCGGCCCGCGGGUGGUGGAGCGGCAGGGCGAGGUCGGCGGCGCGGGCGCCGCGGCGCCCGGGGACCCCGAGGAGUGCGUGUCCCCGGCGGAGCGCGCGUCCCCGGAGGAGCGCCUGUCGCCCGGGGAGCCCGCGUCCCUGGAGGAGCCCGCGUCCACCGAGGAGCGCGCAUCCCCGGAGGAGCUGGAGGAGGCGGAGGAGCCCGGGGACCUGGCGCCCGUGGCCCCCGGCGUCGGGCCCGUGCACGGGGAGCCCGACCUGGUCAUCGAGGUGUCGGGCCGCCGGCUGCGGGCGCACAAGGCGGUGCUGGCGGCGCGCAGCGACUACUUCCGCGCGCGGGCGUCGCGGGACGUGCUGCGGGUGCAGGGCGUGGGCUGGGCGGCGCUGCGGCUGCUGCUGGCCUACGCGUACAGCGGGCGCCUGGCGGGCGUGCGGCCCGACAACGUGGCCGAGGUGGCGGCGGGCGCGCGCCGCCUGCAGCUGCCGUGCGCCGCGCAGCGCGCCGCCGAGGCCGUGGCGCCGCAGCUGAGCCUGGCCAACUGCUACGAGGUGCUGAGCGCGGCCAAGCGGCAGCGGCUGGCCGAGCUGCGCGACGCCGCCUACCGCUUCAUGAGCGACCACUACCUGGACGUGCUGCGCGAGCCCGGCGUGUUCGGGCGCCUGUCGGGGGCCGAGCGCGACCUGCUGCUGCGCCGCCGCCUGCGCGCGGGCCGGGCCCAGCUGCUGGCCGCGGCGCUGGCGCUCGGGCCGGCGGGGGCCGCGGGGGCCGCGGGGGGCGCGGGGGCCGCGGGGGGCGCGGGCGCGCGCGCCGUGUUCUGGCUGCACGAGGCGGCGGGCGAGUGGCGCGAGCUGACGCGGCUGCCCGAGGGCGCGGCGGCGCGGGGCUGCGGGCUGUGCGUGCUGCACAACUACCUCUUCGUGGCGGGCGGCGUGGGCGCGGCGGGGCCGGACGGGCGCGCGCGGGCCUCGGACCGCGUCUUCUGCUACAACCCGGCCACGGGGCUCUGGAGCGCCGUGCGCCCGCUGCGCCAGGCGCGCUCGCAGCUGCAGCUGCUGGCCCUGGACGGACACCUGUACGCCGUGGGCGGCGAGUGCCUGCGCAGCGUGGAGCGCUACGACCCGCGCGCCGACCGCUGGGCCGCCGUGGCCCCGCUGCCGCGCGGAGCCUUCGCCGUGGCGCACGAGGCGGCCGCGUGCAACGGCGACAUCUACGUGUCCGGGGGCUCGCUGUCCGGCCGCCUGCUCAAGUACGACCCGCGGCGCGACGAGUGGCAGGAGUGCCCGAGCAGCAGCAGCCGCGAGCGCGCGCUGGGCAUGGUGGCCCUGGGCGGCUCCGUCUACCGCUUCGACCAGGGCGCGGCGCGCGGAGACCCGCAGGCGGCCGGGGCGGUGACCGUGCUGCGCUACCACUGCCUGGCCAAGCGCUGGAGCCGCUGCGCCGCGCACCCGCCGGGCCUGCCGCCCUUCCGCUGCGCCGCGCUCGGCCGCGCCAUCUACUGCGUGGGCCGCGGGGGCACCUGGCGCUUCGUGCCCCCGCAGGACGGCGAGGGCGAGGGCGAGGGCCAGGGCGCGGGCCGGGGCGCCACCUUCGAGCCCGCGCCGCUCCGCGCCCCCCUGGACGCCCGGGGCGCGCUCGUCCCCUUCGUGCUGCACCUGCCGGAGGAGAGGCCAGACAGGGGCGAGGAUGGCGCGGCCUAGGGGGGCGGCGGGGGGAGCCCUGGGCACCUCCCCGGGGGCGCCCCGGGCCGGGACGGAGGCCUGCGGUGGGCGCUGUCCACCGGGCCACCUGGAGCUGGAAGCUCGUGCGCGCGCGCGGGGAUUGUUGCAACGCCCUCGUGCCGAAGGUCAGCUGCCCUAACCUGCCCUCCCUGCAGCCCCGCUUUGCUUAGCCCGGUCCGCGGCGUCCAAUGUCAACGUCUGUGCAAAUAGGUGAGCUGCAAAGAGGACACGAGGCGGGCAUCUGGCGCAGCAGGAGAAGCAAUUGGAGCAUCAAGCCUCAGGACACAGGGAAGGGGUGGGUUCCAGAGUGUGCCCACGGGGAGUCCGCAGCCCGCCCGACGUGUCAGUAGUUGUCCAGAGUGUGUCCCCGCCCGGACAGGGCCCCUUGCACCCAGCUCGCGGCCACCAGCACCGGGAGACCCCGAAGCAGGCCACGCACUGUGCGCUGGGGGUCUAGACUCCUAACCCGUAACCAGAGCUCCUCAGAUGUUCCUAACAUAGUCAUUUUGCACUCAAGUGUGGGUUGGGUGAGUCCCGGAUAGCCCAGCACAGUGCUGCAGAGUGGGCCUCCCACUCCUGAGGUGGGCCUCAGGAGCGGAGCCACCUCACCUGUCAACCCGCUCGGGUCACACGUCGUUAGGGAAGGGUGUUAGUGAUUAUGUCGGAUGUCGUGGGGAUGAUUUACUCCGGGGAGCCGAGCUUGAGUAGGAAACCCAUAGGUGCUCAGCUACCUUCAUGGUCUAUAACGAGCUCAAAGACACGAUUACCACCCCCCCACCACACCGCGGAAGAAGGUUAAAACCACUCCUGACGCUUCUAAAGACGAAGGUGUGGGCACAUUGGGAACCCACUGCGCACGACGUUCUUUCUUUUUUCUUUUUUUUUUUUUUUUUUGCUUACAACAUUCUGAGUACAUAUUAGGUGACCCUGACCAGGGAAAUGGAUUUUUACAAACGCGACUCCAAGAGGAUGUGGCGAAGGGACAAGGAGCAUAUUGACAUAAGGGGAAGUAACUAUUAUAACACAAUUGGCAAGGAAAGUACGUUUUUCUAAUUGAAUUCCAAAGCAGCCUAAUAGAAAUUAGCAGGAAACUCGCUACUUCGAGAGGACAAAGCACUAACAACAAAUCAAAUGAUUCUUCCUCAUCUGUUAUUAACAUUUUACUUUCCAAGUAGAUGUAGGCAGAGCUUACUAUCUACUACACAUUUCUGGCUAAAACACAUGCUCACAAAUAGAGGUGAACUGAUUUGGAUUCUGAAUCCAGUCGUUUUUUUUAUUAAAAUAGGAAAAGCGCGCGCUCAACGUCUGUGGUGCAGGGAGACGGAGUCCGGCACCCUUAGUGCUGUUCACUUCCUAACCCGGCGAGGGGGUGCUGACGUCCUGUAGUGUCGUGGGUUUUGGGAAAUACGCCCUGCUUUUUUGAGAGUCUGCGAUUAUGAAAGUCACCGGUUGAGUGUGUUUAGAAACGGCCAGCUCGCAUCUUCACGCGUGUGCCAGAGGAACGGAGUUCCCGAUUCCCGUUGGAGCACAUCCUGGCGACCGGCGUGUUGGGACGGCUCGCGAGCCGCGAAGAGACCCCGGCAGCCUGGCUCACCUCAUCGUCUUAGGAAAGAGGGACACACUUCCCACCGCCUGCCUUGGUCGGCCUUCUGCGGGAGUAGAAAGCAGAAAUGGCAGGAGAAAGAGGAAUUUACAGCAAAAGGGGACAAUGUCGUUUUAAGGAAAACGUACGCCUUGUAUUGCAGCACGUCUUCCUCUGGAAUAUUGUUAUAUUUGUGGCAAAGCUUUUAUAUGAGAUAGAACCAGGCUAAUAUUUUCAUCCCGUAAACCUCGAAUUCAUAAAAUACUAUCACUGUGAUUUUGCUUAAGAAAUCGUCCCUGUGAUGUUUGCCGUUUGAAAGCGAAGCGCGGUGCGGGUGGGCCUGCAGGGUAGAGCCGCCCGCCCGAGCUCAGGGAAGCGCCGGGGGGGCAGGUGCGCACAGCCUCGUGGCCCCGUGCCCAGCUGCACUGCCGUGUGCGGCGCGGGGUUUCAUGGAAAGAGGCCCGUCCUGGACAUGGCCUCACUGCCUGUGGGGCUGGCCUUGGGGUGCCGGGGGUCGCCCCAGCGAACACCCAGGGAGGCCGGGGAAAGCCAAAGGGUGAGUGGAAGGACAGGGAACAGUGUCUUAUUUCUAAAUAGGGGCACCUCAUGAAGACAAAUGCCAGGGGGCCUGCCAUGCCCUGGGGACCAACCCCUUUGGCGUUGGGGGCCAUUAUUUGGAGUUGUAGGCACAAGGUUUGCACCAGUUCCACGAGCAGAAAAGCCACCCCUCUGGGCUCGUGAUGUGGGGCGCAGCUUGGUGGCAGGCGGGGGGGGGGGUGAGGGGCAGGCCGUCCCGGCUGAGACUGGCCCCUGACGGCUGGCGUGCCAGGGACAGGCCUCUUCCUGCACGGGGUUCCGGGGGUGCGCCCAGCACUGCGAGGGAUGCCUUACUGUUGUUACUCACUUGUUACGUGUUUGCUGUAGACGUGUUCCCGAUGAGCGAUCUGUCAGAGGCAAAUGAGCCUACGGGGUGUAGGACGACCGUCCGUAAUUCUGGUGACAUUAACCCCGGCACGCGGACGCUUGCACUGACCUGAAGAGCAGCGGUGUUGUCCGGAGACCGCCUCUGUCAGCGGGGGGCCCACUCCGCUCCGCCCUCCGGGAUGUGCUGGAAACCCGGAGACGCUGCUCGGGGCACGUGUGUCUGAGGCUGUGCCCGAGCUCCCCGACUGUGUCCCACAGCCAAGGCGGUUUCAGGCCACAGCGCGCUGCACCCCUGCUCGGGCCGCGUGGACGCACAAGUGCUGUGUCGUGUUCGCGCUCGUUUUACUUGCUUUCCUAGCUUCGAAGGCGUCCGUUCUUGGGCAUUAAAAACACUCGCUGUUCUCGGUUUCCCGCCCCUCUGAGAUGGUGUCUGUGGGAAGGUGAGGGACCGCAAGCAGGGUGCCCGGGCUCCCGCGGCGCCCGCUUUCCUGUGGCUGCUCCCUGCCCCUGCCAGCGGGGCCCAGCCUCGCCCCCCCUGCACCCUGGGCUCAGGGCGGCCCGUGGGGAGCUGCGCUGCGGGCGGGUGCUCACUCUCCGGAGACCACAGCCCGCCAGGCGCUUGCAAGCUGUCAGUGGGCCGCAGCACCACGUCCAGGACAGACGUCGCCGCGCAUGCAGGGAGCGUGUUAGCGCUUCGGGUUUUCACACCCAGGCCCGGUUGCUGUGAACCCCUGUCCAUGUCCGCUUAUGCCGAGACGAAAUAAACCAUCGGAA